AUGUCUGGGGUGGGAGCUCUUAACGUUACCGGCGGCAUUCCUCGGAUGUCGCCGGUGACAUUUAGCUCUGAGUGGCCGAAAAUUGCUCGGCUAUUAUUCAUGCUGUUUUGUUCAUCAUUCGGGUCUACUAUGAACGGCUUCUUUGUAGCUUCGUUCUUUAUAGAACAUACUCUGAAGCAAAUUGGAAACGUAUUCCUCGCCUUGGUUGGUAUGGCCGAUAUGAUCAUUACAACAUGCAUAAUGCCGGUCUGCACUGUCAUCCUGCUCUCUGGACAAUGGGAUAACCUCUACGUUUGCAAAAGUCUACACUUCUUAGCUAUAACUUCGACUUAUUGCUACAGCCUCUAUUUUCUGCUAGUGGCAGCCGACAACUAUUACAGGUUCUGCCGGUCAGCUGAUGAAUAUGAAGUCUUUAUUUCUAUGAGAAUUGGGCUGAUUUCAUUCUCAAUAUUCCUCUUAAGCGUUCUACUAGCUGCAGGCGGAGUUUUCUUGGGUUUAGACUACGAUUACUGUGAGCGCGAACAUUAUGGUAAUUUCUAUUUUCGGAUUACCACAAUGGUUGUGUUUCAUGCUGUACCGGCUCUUUUGACGAUCAUAUGCAUGUUUUCUACAACAUCGCGAAUAAUGAGACGCGCUCGGCAACAUGGGCACUACAAACGAUCUCAAAUGUUUGAACGCGACAGAUCAAUGAAUGCUUCGAACAUUGUGGCUUUCUUACUUUACGUUAUAAGCUGGACACCUUACAUCAUCGUCGUCUAUGAGUUCCCGGGGACCUCGGAUAAUAAGUACUACAGCGUUGUCUGGAUCGGCUUGCUGCGCUCGAUCAUAACCAGCUUUAUGUACGGAACGGUUAACAGGAGUUUCAGACGAGCAUUCGCUCAUCUGUUUAACUAUUGCUUUUGUAAAAGCACAUUGUCUAGUUCCUUCACUGGGCGACACAGGCGAGCUAUGGAGUACAAGAGUGGCACUGGCGAAGUUAAGGUUCACAUAAUGCAUCAGACUGUCAAUACAAGUAGCCCACAGAGAGGCACUUCCGCUAUACGCGAGACUCAAGAAUUG